CUUGGCCUUCUUGUCUCUUUUCUCCACACCCUGUCCCCAGAGGACCUUCCCCCCCUUGUUCUUUUCGGCACGCUGUGAUACAUCUAGAUCAUGACGGAUGAUUGUCACGGCCUCUUCUUCUUCUUCUUCUUCUGCUUUCUCUUUCGACGACCGCCCCGGCGGCUCUCGCACUUCCCCACCUCUAAAAUCUUUCUCUCGUCCCCUGUCCCCCGAAAUGUACCAUCUUCGCCGCGACUUCUUUUUAGCUUCCCUGUCGCCUUUCCACAAUUUCAUCCUCCUCGAGGUUUUCCUCUCGAGAGAAUUUUUGCUCUUUUCCUUUUAAAACGAGGCCUUUGUUCUCCGCGGAGAUGCCUCGCGUCCCCUUCUCUAUCCUACCAUCACAUGUAUUCGAACUUCCAAAGACCUUUUUCCAUUUGAGGCUCGCAAGGUCAUUCUCACUUUCUCGCCUUGAAAAAAAUUACAUCAGCUAUUCUUCCCCAUCGUAUCUGUGAUGUGUUCCGCCACGUAGCAUGUAGAGGUCUGCAAAGCCCCCCCUUCGCUCUCCCCGAUCC